AUGGAGGCAUUUAGAAAUAUUAAAAAUAAGUUUGCAAAACAUAUGGCCGCUAGGAAAAUUAGAGUACUAUGGGCCGAUUAUUUAAAAGUUGCAGACAUAAAAGAUUCACAUUUAAUGGUACAAAAAUUGAAUAAAUUUUUAGAUUCAUUUCAAGAAACAUAUAAAGAGUUGGUAGAUUCAGGUCAAAUUAAUUCAUUCGAUUUAGAUAAAUUCUUUGGUGAUUGUUCAGAUAUCUUGGUAUCAUUAUUAGAUUUAGUUGAAAGAGAGUCGUCAUCAUCAUCAUCGUCUUCUACUUCAACAGCAAUAGUAAAACAUACAAAUAAAGAUGAAUCAAUAGAUUAUAUAGUUGAAAUUAUAAAUAAAUCAUUAGGUGUAGCUGAAUUGAUAUUACAUGAUGAAAAAUAUAGAUUGGUAGUUAAAGAAACACCAAAUUUAAUAAAUAGAAUACUUACAUUAUUGGAUACAUUAAGUACAAGUGAGAAUAAAAAAGUAUUAUUAAGAGUUAUUAGUGCAGUUGGUGAGAAUACAGAUAAUAAAUUAGAGAUUGGUAGAUUGGAAGGAUUUAAGAAAUUAUUGGUUUUAAUGCAUAACGAUAAGGAGUUAACUCAAGAGAUUUUAAAAACUAUUAAACACUUUUUAGAUAUAAAACAAACAUUACCUUCAGAGGAGGAAUUAAUAAACAAUAUGAAGAAAUCAUUAUCAAUGUCUUCAAUUAGUGAAUUUGCAAGAUUAAAAAUUGGUUCUGUAGUCUCUGAAGGUUUUAAAGUUAUCGUUGGUGAAUUUCAAAAAGUUUUCUCACCAAAUGAUGAAAUUCAUCCUGCUAUAAAACAAUUAAUUGGUGAACAACCAUUUAAUAGAGGUAUUGAUAUGACAGAAGAAAGUUCAUUCAUCCCAUCGCGUGAAUCUAUUGAAUUUGCUUUAAUAGAAUUACAACAUAGUGAAUUGGUUAAAGAGAAUAGUAUUAAUAAUAAUAAUAAUAAUAACAAUAGUGUUAUUGAAGAAAUCGACAAUACUAUUACACAAUUACCAUCACCACCUAUAGCGGUAUCAUUACCAAAUCCUAGCAUUCCAAUCCCAAUUUUAAAUGGUAAUAAUGAUAGUAAUAAUAAUAAUAAUAUUUAUUCCGAAUCUUCUAGUAAUUUAGAAAAUAAUUCAAAUGAACUACAACAGCAACAAGAAGAUAAUAAUAAUAGUUUAAUAACAGAAGAAGAAUUAUUAAAAGAUUUUAUGCGUGUUCAAGGUGCAUUAGUAUCAUUAACAAAUUCAAUUAAAGAGGCAGCACAAACUGUACAAUUAGAUUUAUUGGAAACCAUUAGUAAAUUGUUAUAUAAUAAUCAAAAGAAUCAAAUUGAAUUUAGAAAUAUGGAUGGUUACUCUAUAUUGAUUCAUUUAUUCGAUAAUCAUUUAGAAGAUUUCGGCACAAUUGAAGGCAGAGAAUUCUUGGAGAAUUGUUUCAAUUUGUUUUUCGUUAUAAUCAUUGAUGGUAAUAAAUCAAAGAGAAUUACAAAUAUGGAUGCUUUAGAUCUAUUGUUUCAAAUUCUAUUAAAUUCAAAUCAAACAGAAGUUCAAUUACAAUCUUUAACAUGUAUUCAAGAUUUAAUUUCAAUUAAUCCAAUCAAUAUUAUUAAUAUUAAAUCUAUAAAUGGUAUUGAUAAAUUAUUUCAAUUAUUAUUAAUUUUAGAAAAGAAAAAAGAAAAUGAAAAAGAGAAAAAUAAAGAAAAUGUAGAACAAAGAAAUGAAAAUAUAGAAGAAGAAGCAGGAUUUGAAUCAUAUCAACGUCAACAACAACAACAAACAGAUAAUUUAGUUGAAAAAGAUUUAACAAAGUUAUUAUUAGCAACAAGUGAAUUAAUACUUUAUAUUGGUGUUUUAUUUAGUAAAUAUGAUACAUACGUAUUCGAUAAGUAUAUAUCAUUAUUGGAGAAUUCAAAUGUACAACAAUCACAUACAUUAAAUUGUUUAUUACUUCAAUCAUCUAUAACCAUCUUAUCGGAUACAAUCUAUCAUCAAUCACUACUAUCAACUAAAGAGGGUUUAUUACCAAACUUUGUCGAUUCAAUUAGAUCAAUUCCAUCACAAUUUCAACAAUUAUUAAUAGAAGAACAAAAUCAUCAAAAAUUACAAGAUGAACAAUUUGAAAGACAAGAUUAUUUAUUAAAUCAAAGAGUAGUACAAAAUGGUAUUGUUAAUAAUAAUAAUAAUAAUAAUAACAAUAAUAAUAAUAAUAAUAAUGAAGAGAAAGAAAUAAAAAUAGAACAAGAUGAUAAUAAUUAUAAUAAUGAAGAAGAGGAAGAGGAAGAAGAAGAAGAAGAAGAAGCGGAAGAAGCUGAAGAAGAAUAUAGAAUUAGAAUUGAUAUGGAAGAGAAAACAAACUAUUUAAUUCAAAAACAAACUAGAAUCACUGAAAAGGCUUUAUUGGUUUUAGAGUUAAUUAUUAUGUAUAUCCAUUAUUCAUCCGAUACUUUAUUUAAUGACUUUUUAAUCAAAUAUGAUGGUUUCAAAUUAUUUGUAACAUUAUUAAAACAAACAAAUAUCGAUAAUGAUUUAUUCGAUCUUUGUAUUUGGAGUAUGUGCAAAAUAAUCUCUCGAGAAGGUAAACAGUUUCAAUUAUUUUUAAAUAAAAAUACUCCUCUUACUCCUUCAACACUAUCACCAUCACCAUCACCAUCUUCUACCACAACUACAACUACAACUUCAACUACGACUACAACCACCACAACAUCACCUUCACCAUCAUCUUCAACUACAACAAAAACAGCAACCACUUCAAUUAAUUGGAAUCAAAUAAUUAAUAAUGAUAUGAAUAUUUUAAUUCAGUUAUUAGAAGAUAAUCAAAUAUCAGACCAAAAGAAAGAAUCAAUAUGUUAUUGUAUUGCAGAGUGGUUACAUCAAAUAGACUCUAAUGUUGCAUCAUCAUCAUCAUCAUCAUCAACAGGUGAUAAAAAGGAUUCAUCAAAGGUUUUGGAACAAAAACAAUUUUCAAAUUUAUUGAAAAUUAAAUUCCAAGAGUUAGGUUUAUUACAUAUUCUAAUUAACAUUAUUAAAAAGAAGAGAACAGAGGAAUCUCAAUCAUUGGUUUAUGCAUCAUUGGUUGCAAUUUGUGAAUUAUGUUUUGCUUGUGAAGAAAAUAAACGUGUAAUUGAUCAAUUGGGUUAUAUGUCUUUAUCAUCAUUAGUAAAGAAUACAAGUGUACAAAUCGAUGAUUAUCUAUAUCAAUUAUUGGUAGAAUUAACUAUGAAUAAACCUGUGGUAAUAAGAUAUGAAACUCAAUAUCUUAAAGAAUUCUUCUCACCAAAUCUUUAUAAAAUCAUUACAAAUAUUUUAUCACCUCAACCACAAUUCACUUUUAUUUUACCACACUCAAAGAAACAUCAUGAUAUUUCUUCUUAUAACACUUCAGUUUAUCAACAACAACAACAUCAUCAACAACAACAACAACAACAACAUCAUAAUCAACAAGCACAAUUAUAUCAACAACAACAGCAGCAAAUUCAACAAGCACAAUUAUAUCAACAACAACAAUUAUAUCAUCAACAACAACAACAACUUUAUCAGCAACAAUUAUAUUUACAACAACAACAACAACAGCAACAUUUAUAUCAACAUCAAAUUCAACAUCAACAAUACCAAUAUGGUGAUGAAAUUAAUUUAGGAGAUGAUAAUAUUGAUUUUCCAAAAGAUUCUCCAAUAUCUAGUCCAUCAACAACACCAGUUGCUUCUUUAUCAAACUCAUUCAAUGGUUACCAAGGUAUUCAUUUAUAUCAACAAUAUCAAUUACAACAACAACAGCAAUUACAACAGUUACAACCAAGUUUAUCGCAUCAUUUACAACAAAGAGUUGGAAUUGUAAGAGUACCAAGUUUUAAAAAUUUAUUCACAGUAACAAGAAGAAAUAGUAUUGGUUCUUGGGCUGGUUCUUUUGAUGAUUUAUAUUCACAACAACAUUCUCAUCAAAUACCAACAUCAUCACAACAACAACAACCACAACCACAACAAUCACCAAGAGAUAAUGCCAGUGAUGGUGGUAAUGGUACAAAUAGUAUUUCAAAGAAUUCAUCACAUCCACAAUUAGCAGGUUUAGAGGAAGAGAAAGAAACCAUCUAUUCUUACACUCUUUUGGGUAGAUCAAGAAUUAGAUCUCCUGAUGCAGCAUUGAUGUUGGUUGAUUUAUUACCACAAUGUCCACUAAUUUCCCAACAAUUGAAUUUGGUAUUGUUAAUGAAAAUUUUAGAAUCAAAUCCACAAAAUAAAAAAAUGUUAUGUUCAUCACAAGGUUUGAAAUAUUUAUUAAAUCUCUCUCAUCAAUGUCCAGAAGAAUUACAAUCCUAUUAUAGUCGUGUCAUUGUUAUUUUAGGUUUAUAUGAUAUUUCACCAGCUGAAGUUAGACUAUUAUUUGAUUUGGCUUGUUUCCCAUCAUUUGAUACUCAUCCACAUUUAAAUCAAUUACAACAGCAACAACCAACAACAUUACAUCAAAGUUCAAAUUCAACUGGUAGUAAUGGUAAAAGAGAAAAGAAUAGAAAAUAUGAAUUACAAAUGCAAGUUUUAUAUAUUAUUGGCACUUUAACAGAGAGAAAAGCACCACCACUUUAUUUUAAUUUCGAUGGAUUCGAUAGUUGUAUUAAGACAGGACCAAUCGAUAAAUUCCCUUCCGCUAGAAAUGGUUAUACAUUUAGUUGUUGGAUUCGUACAAAUUAUUUCCUUAGUGAUGAAUCUGGUUUAUUCAGUUGGCAAGAUCAUUCAAAUAUCCAACAUAAUCCACAUAGUAUCUUUGAGGUUUAUUUCAAAUCUUUACCAUUGGGCAAAUCAUCAGAAACUAAACGUUAUCUUUGUAUUCAAACUAGAAAUUAUCCAUCACCACCAGAAACUUUUUCAUUCGAUAAAUUUGCUUUCUCUGAAUGUGGUAGUUGGAAUCACGUUGUUUUAACUCAUUCAAAACAAAAAAUAACCUUAUAUGUCAAUGGUAAAUUCAUUCAAAAUUAUAGUACACUUAAUUAUCCAAAAUCAAUAACAAAAGAUAAACCAAUCUCUGGUUGGAUUGGUAAAAGAAUUUAUUCAGAAAAUACUACCAACACCGCCACAAAUAACACUAUUAAUGGUACAACUCCUCAGUUUUGCGCUAAUACAAGUGGUAAUGUUGCAGAAAGAGGUUAUUUUUGUGGUUCAAUGGGUACAAUUCACUUUUUCGAUGGAAUUUGGGACGCAAAUGCUUGUCACAAAGUUUGUAGUAGAGGUAAUCUUUACAAUAGUACCUAUAAAUCAUUAGGAGUUGAUAAUAAAGAGUUUUUAGUUAUAAAACCUGCUCCAAUCCAAUACCAAACUUCAACCACUACACUCAGUAAUAGUUUUAAUAGUAGUCUUCUUAAUAGUGAACCUCCACCAUCAUUAAGUUUCUCAAUGUCUGGAGAUAACUUUUUCCAACAACCAUCACCACAACAACAACAACAACAACAACAACAACAACAACAACAACAACAACAACAACAACAACAACAACAACAACCAACAGGAUCAAGUAAUACAACAUCACCAGUUUCAAUUUCUAAUACUAUUAAUAGCACAUUAACAAUUGAUAGUCAAUCAAUUUCAAAUUCUCCAUCAACUCCGUCGGGUAAAUCUCUACCAACAACGACAACCGCAACAACAGCAACAGCAUCAAUAACAUCACAAAAUCAAAGUGAAAAUUCACCAUCUUCAUCACCAUCAAUUAAUAGAACUCAAUCAUUUUCACAAGAAAAUGAUGAUAUUACUAGUGGAAAUAAUAAUUUAACAUUAUCAAAUGGUGGUGAAUUAUUUAAAUCAAUACCAAUUAUUAAUGUACCAAACGAAACUCAAGGUGCUGUUAUUGAAUUUAUUGGUGGUGUCAAUGUUCAUCAAACAAGAUGUCUUAAAGAUGUAAUUAAAGAAGUUGGUGGUAUUCAUUUAUGUUUCCCAUUUUUAGAUAUGGAACCAGCUCAACAAGUUGCUGGUUUAAGAAUCUUAUCUGGUCUAUUGAACAAGAGUGAAUCCAAUAAAGCACAAUUUAGAGAAUUGAAUGGUUUUGCUAUCCUCUACUAUCUAUUAAAUAGAUUCUCUGUAUCAAAUAUCUCAAGUCCAUAUAGUGAGCUAUCAAUGGAAACAUUUGAAAUCAUUUUCGAUCUUUUAUUAGAUGGUAUGAAUAAUACAGGAUCCGAUGUUAAACAUCUUUGGAGUAAUGAUUGUUUAACUUUAAUCUUGGAUUUACUCCAAUUCUGUAGUGAAGAUCUUCAAUUACAUGUUCUUAAAUAUUUAAAUACAAUGCUAUUAAAUUCACCUGAUACUCUUAAACUUUGGAUCACUCAAUCCGAUAAUGAAAAUCAAAAUCAAUCAAAUCCACAUUUAACUCCAAGUGUUACUGGUAUAACUAGUGGUACUGAUUUAUUAAAUGAGCAUCAACAUCAACAACAAUUACAACAACAACAACAACAACAACAACUUUCAAGUAGUAAUAAUAAUGCAAUUUCCUCAAAUACUAUAUCCCCACCUUCAUCCAUUUUAUCAUCAACUUCAACAACAACUACAACAAACAUUACACAAUUAACAACUACAAUCAAUUCAAAUACGACAACUCAAGUAUUAUUAUCAUCAUCUUCCUCAACUUCAGUUACAAAUUCAACAUCAAGUAAUCUACCAGCAUUUUUAAAUACUGUAAACAUUUCCAGAUUAAAUUAUUUAUUGGAUAUGGCAAUGAAGCUAUCCACAGAUUCAACCUUUUUGUUUGGUAUUAUUAGAAAGAUCCUUCCAUCAAUUGGUGCUGAAGAUGUUGAAUCAAUUUUCGAAUUUUUAACUGAAAACAAAGAAGGCUACUUUGAAAAGAUUGGGACAAAAUCAAAGAUAUUGGAAUUGGUUUAUGAAGAGAUGAGAAAAUGUCCAACUCUAGUCGACCAUCUAAGAUCGAUUGGUGGCUUCAAUCUUGUAUUCUCUUUAAUUGAAAUACCAAGUGAAGAAAUUCAUAUAUUGACAAUUAAAUUAAUUGGUCUAUUAUUGCAUUCCAAUAAUAAAGCAGCUCUAUUGUUUAGAAAGAAUGGUGGAUUCGAUGUUUUAGCAUCAAUGAUUUCAAAUUAUUCAAUACCAUCAGCUUCAGUUUGUAGAACCCUUUUACAUCUAUUGGUUGAUCAAUAUAAAUUCGAUCCAAAAUGUGUUCCACCAGAAACUAAACAAAGAUCAUUAUCUUGGAUAUCUUUAGAUUUCUUUUCACGUGAUAAAAGUUCAGAUUCUCUCUCAACUCUAGCUUCUUCAACAAAUGAUCUUUCAGAACCAGAGGAAUCCCAAUCAUCAUCAACAACAACAACAACCACAAACACAGAUGAAGUAUUAAUUACAGGUGAUAAAACUAUUGUAUACCCAGAGGCUUUACAUUCACUAUUUACCAUUAUUCAUAGUUAUUAUUUAUUACCAAUUGAUGUAAUUAGAUUUGAAGAAAUUCAAAAAAUUCAAGUCACUCUCUAUACUGAAAUUGAACAACUUUUUGAUAAUACAAAUAUGGAUAUUUUAUGGAAUCAACCUUGGUUUGAAUGGGUUUAUCAGUUAAUUGAUUUUUCAAACUUUGUAAAUAAUAAUAAUAAUAAUAAUAAUAAUACUGUAAAUAAUAAUAAUAAUAAUAAUAAUAAUAAUAAUAAUAAUAAUAAUAAUAAUACUUCAACUAAUAAUAAUAAUAAUAAUAAUAAUAAUAGUAUUAAUAAUAAUAACAAUUUAAAUGGUAGUGGUCAAAAUAUUAAUACCAACCUUUCACCAUUCCAAUUCUCAAAAUCAAAUAUUGCUUAUGUUAAAUUAUUAUCAGUUUGUAAAAAAUUGGUACUUUAUGAAUUAACCAAAAAACAAUCAAAAAUAUUAAAAUUAAAAGAAAUUUGUAUAGAUAAUGAAGAAUUUUAUGUUGAUAUUGUAGAUUCAGUUAUUGAUUAUUUUGAACAAAAUUCAUAUGUUUUACCAGAUAAUUCAACAGAAUUAAUAAAGAAUUUGGUACAAUUCUUUAAAUCAUUGGAUGAUUUAACAGUUCCAUAUCAAGUUUCAAUGAGAAUUAUUGAUUUAGUUAAUUCGAUUGCAUUCCAAAAUACACCAGCCAUUAGAUUGCAAAUGAAAUCCAAUGGUUUGGUUGAAAUUAGAGAUAACCUAAUCAUUCUAUUAUUAGGAAAUAGUAAUACAAGAGCAGACUUUUUUAGUAAAUUUGAUUUCGAGUGUGUAGCUGAUCAAAAAGCAUUUAGAGAUUCGGGUGGUUUAUUAUAUCUUUUACAAUUUUUCCAUCAAUCCUAUGGAUCAUUCGAUAGACAAAUGGAGAUUUAUCAUGUAUUAAAGAAUGUAAUGAGCUCAAGUAGUGAAGAGAAUAGAAAAAUCAUUUCAAAUAUUUUAGAAGAUCAAGUUACUAUUCAAAUGUUUUUUGGUGAAGAUUUAUUUGGUAAAAACAACAACAACAACAACACUAAUAACAAUAGCAAUAACAACAAAAAGAAUCAAACUCCACCUACUUUAAUUAAUGAUAAUGAUUUCAAUUUCGUUGAAUGGUUUAACUCUGAAGAACUAUCAUCAAAGAGAUCAGAUUUUAAGAAUAGAAUUGAAAAAGUGUUGGCACCAAUUGAAAAUAAAUUCAAUAAUCAAUUAGAUAAACUUAUGAAAUUAAAAGAAAAGAGAAUUAAACAACGUAGAGAAAAGAUUUUCAAACAACAAUCUGUAAUCUCAAAACUAUUACAUGAAACAAAUGAAAAACGUAGAAUUCGUUCAAAUAAAAUGAAUUCACUUUAUCUUGCAAAAUCUCAAUUAAUUCCUUUUAAAUCUCAAGAACGUUUAAAACUUGGUAAAGAAAGAGCAUCACGUUUAUCCCCUGUUUCAAUUUUAAAUUAA